AUGGCCGCCUCUGAGGCCUCGGGGCAAUGGGAAUCCGCCCUUGCCAUUCUAGCCAAGAUGCAGGACCAUGGCCCACAACCCAACUUAGUGGCCUUGAACGCUGCUGCGUCAGCGCUGCUGAACUGCGGUCGCCUGGCCGAGGCGUUGGCGCUCUACCGCGAGGCGGAGGACAACGGAUUGAACGCCCAGUGGCUGGACACCGGCCGCUUCCCCUCCGCUGACCUGGACUUGCACUGCUUCCCCGUGGAGCUGGCGAAGUUGGCCGUGAUGCGGCAGCUCCUGGACUUGGCCCUCCAGGGCCCCCGCAGCUCAGGCUUGCUCUUGGUCACGGGUGCUGGGCGCCACGGGGGUCGCCCCGUCUUGGCGCCACGGCUCCGGCCGUGGCUGGAAGAGUUGGGUCUGCCGGUGGAGGAUGGGGACUGGUUCGGCACCACGGGCCGCUUGUUUCUGAGCGAGACAGCUCUCGAGGAGCUCACUUGCCGCGGCCCAAAAGGGGGACGGGAACCGUGGCCAGGCCUUGGCGUCCUUGACAAGCAAUGGAACAUCAAGGUCUGUGACUUUGGGAAGACUCAGGAGAUGCCGCCCAUGGGAGUGCGAGGGGAAGACACUGCCGCAACGUGCCCGUAG